CUCACAGCUGAUUGCAAUGCUGUUCUUAAAGCUCUACAGCCCAUUUUUCAGGAGCAGGGAAUGACAGAAACAGUUCAUAACUGGGAAGACCAUGGUUAUUUAGCAACCUACAUCCAAAAAAAUGGCAGUUUUGCCAAUUUGAGAAUUCACCCUCAUGGAUUAGUGUUGGUGGAUCUGCAGAGCUACAAUGAUCAUUCAAAAGGAAGAGAGGAAGUUGAUCAGCUUCUAAACAAAAUAGAAGAAAGAAUGAAAGAACUGUUUCAUGGUAAUAUAAAAAGGGUGAAACGAUUACCAGCCAUUUUAAGAGGAGGUGUCAUUGACAGAUACUGGCCCACAGCUGAUGGACGCCUGGUGGAGUAUGACAUAGAUGAAGUUGUUUAUGAUGAAGAUUCACCUUUUCAGAAUAUUAAAAUUCUGCAUUCAAAACAGUUUGGGAAUAUUCUUAUCCUCAGUGGGGAUGUUAAUCUGGCAGAGAGUGACCUGGCAUAUACUCAAGCCAUAAUGGGCAGCGGAAAGGAAGACUACACUGGGAAGGAAGUGCUAAUCCUAGGAGGUGGUGAUGGAGGUAUACUAUACGAGAUAGUCAAACUGAAGCCAAAGAUGGUUACUAUGGUAGAGAUUGACCAAAUGGUGAUCGACGGGUGUAAAAAAUACAUGCGUAAAACAUGUGGAGAUGUCUUAGACAAUCUGAAAGGAGAGUGCUAUCAGGUUCUAAUUGAAGACUGUAUUCCCGUACUGAAGAGGUAUGCCAAAGAAGGAAGGAUGUUUGAUUAUGUAAUUAAUGAUCUGACGGCUGUUCCAAUCUCCACAUCUCCAGAAGAAGAUUCCACAUGGGAAUUUCUGCGGUUGAUUCUUGACCUCUCGAUGAAAGUCCUGAAACAAGAUGGAAAAUACUUCACGCAGGGAAACUGUAUCAAUCUGACUGAUGCCUUGACUCUGUAUGAAGAACAGCUUAGCAGGCUUUAUUGUCCUGUGGAGUUUUCAAAAGAAACUGUGUGUGUUCCCUCCUACAUGGAAUUAUGGGUAUUCUACACUAUUUGGAAGAAACAAACUGACAUCUGAACAUCAAGAUUGUCUGAGAUUGUCCUAAAUGUACAUGCUGCAUGGAGCAUAUAGGCCUACCACAUGCUGCAUAUUGGCAUCUUGAACCUUUAAAUUAUAUGCUGUAGAUGAUCCUGCAACUUAGUCAUGCUAUUGAUUGUGGAUUCUUUAAAUGUUUUUAUUAUUAUUUUAAUUUAAAAGCAAAUGGAAAAUGUAUAUUUUGAUGAGCUAGGGUGUUAUUUUUUGAAAGUCAACUUAAUGAUGAAUAAGCAGCAAAACUAUAUAGCUGCUAAUGCACUGAACCUUUAGAAUGUGAUCCUUUUUAUUUUUUUGUAGAUCUUCACAAACUGAUUCAUUAAAAAAACAUCUUUAGCAUUUCAUCCCUGAAGGGUGGUCCAUGGAGUGAGUUUGGUUUUUUUCUUGUUUUUCCACCAGAUUUUAUCUGUGGUGCUUUUUAAGGAUGGAGGGAUUUUUGUUUGAUUUCUUUUUCUUAGAUGAACACUGCAGUACUUCCAUAUAGAGAAGGGCAUAACUAAAAAGAAAAAAAGGAAUAAAUCUUCUAAGGAUACCCCAAAUCCUUCAUUGCAAAGGGAAUAAAGCUAGUCUUAAGAUUUUCUUUAUUUACUCUAGUUUUAUUCAUCAUUGCUGUAAUCUUUUCUGCAGGAGAAGAAUCUGUGACCUUUCACCUCAUGGAAUUCUUUAGCUGCUGCCGCAUUGAUUAUUUGGAUUUAGAUACGGAUUUAACAGUAGGUUAUAGAGGAACUUUGAAAUUCUAUCAGCAUGAAAAUGAAAGCUGGCUUUGCAUCCCACCACAGUGCAAGAGACUGAGUGUAAUGAGGUUCUUGGGGGCAUACACUCCUCAACCUUACGGGAAGCGCUAGGUUCUUGAAGAAGGAAAGGUUGCUGUAGAGGGUGAAGAAGCGUGUGUGUGAUCUAGAUUCAUGUGCACCAAUAUUGAAUGUUUUGAGACAAACAUGUAUACUUCGGUAGGGUAAGUCCUGGUCACAUUGCUGCAGAUGGACUGUUGUGUGGGGCUCUUGCUGAAGUAGGUUCACUUGCAGUGUAAAAAUCAGUGGAAGGUAGGUUGCAUUGUAGCUUUGUUCUGAAAUAUAAAGCAUUUUUUCUUUAACUGUUCCUCAUGUUGCCUGAGAAGUUAUAUUUUUGUAAGAAUGUGCUGUGUACUGACUACAACUUUGCUUUCAGUGUUUAAAGAUUCCACUUGAAAGGAGGUAGGAAGGAUAUAACCAUUUUGUGCAUUUCUAUACAUUUCCAAGAUAGAAUAAAAAGUGCACUAU